AUCGUUUCUACCGUUGAAUAUGGAUAUUCCUAAUAGUGUUUUUGACACCAUCGUGCCCCAGAUAACUCUCGGAGCGAUUGCGGAUGCAUCACUGACAGCUGCUACUUUGCUAUGGACACCUAAAAACGAUCUUGGCGCCCCGGUUCAGAAACAGAAACGCACUGUUGUUGCUCUUAGCGCCGUUUGCCUCGCCUCUCUUGCUGCGUCUAUUACCAAUGCCCACCUAAGCUCGGCUGCUUCGCUGCUGGCAUCAGUAACUGUGCUUGGGCUUACCCUGUCUCGCCGUACGAUCAGCGAUGGCACUGCAUUUCUGAACAUCGCUCGUGCCAUUCUCAUCGCGGUCCCCUCAGUACCUCACCUGAAUUUUGGCUUGUUUGCUGGUGCUCUUGCUCACCUUGCUAUUGCGUGGUACAUGUUCAAUCCACUGACACAGAGAGAAAUACGCAGAUAUACGAGAUUCAUUAUGGGUCUUGAUGCACUGGCUCUUCUACAACUUUGCUCCAAGAGUGACCUGUCGGUUAACGAUAUUCACGAUGAGGAGAAGGUAAAGUGGAUUCUACACGGAGUCGAAAAGCUGCACUUGGACACAACCAAGGCAUUCUUUGUGCUCCGCGGAUUUUUAGCUUUUGCUUGGAAACGAAUCCUUUCACUGGCCAUCAUCGACAUGGUCAUCCGCCUCUGUGCGUAUUACAAGGGCAUAGUAUUUGCGAUGAUUAUUGGUGCAGUGGACCAGGGGAAUAGCGUUGAAGUGUCUGGCAUAUAUGCACUGUGUGCAGUAUGGGGCAUCUUGUCCAUGUCCUUGGUGGUCGAUAAGUAUCAUCAGGUAUUCAAAAGCCACGCCUACUGGGAAAUCCUCGAUGUUAUGCGCAUCAAGCUCCUCACAAUCAGGAUGUCUCAAAAAAGUGGACAGUUCACUGAUAGGGAUUACUAUGAAACCAAUUUUAUGGACACGCACGGUAUGGCUUGUAAAGUAGAUGACGUACUCAGCGUGCUCAGUCAGUCAGUGGCGAGUUUUCUCAGCAUUCGGUUGCUUAUCUCCAAGGUUGGAUGGCAUGCUGCUCUGCCAGCUGCUUUCAUGGUCAUAUUUUCAAUUGUGCGAAGCUUGGUUACGGCUAAAAUCGAAGUGCUGGAGAGGAUGAGCAAGACCAAGUUGCGACCUACAUUCCGUACCAGGCUAGACACACUGCUCCAGUAUAUGCGCACGAUCAAGUUUUAUGGAUGGGAGCAGGCCUUUCGAGGUGUGCGUGGAUAUCCAGACUGCUUACAAUAUACUCCUCCUAUAUUCUGGCGCAUCGUUGACUACAUCGUCACCCUCAUUGGCAGCUCAGCGACUCAACUUGCGACUGCUCUGACUGUUGCAUCAUAUCUCCGGUCGUCUGGAACAUUGUCAUUUACUGAGGUGAUGAUAGUCGUGUCAUCGGCAACAAAUAUUGCAGGGUUUGCCUUGCAAUGUUCUGGUGUCCUCUCUGAUCUUCGGAAGAUCUUUGACCAUGCAUCUGCACCAACUGGCGAGUUUGCAGUUGUUGUCGGCAGAGUCGGAAGUGGAAAGUCAUCGCUGCUGUCUGCCAUCUGCAGUGAGAUGCCACUGAUUUCAGGCACAGGGUGCACAUACGGUCGGAUCGGGUACGUCAGUCAGAAGCCAUGGAUCAUGAAUGCGACGUUCCGUGAAAAUGUGCUGUUUGGUCAAGAAUUUGACGAGAAAUUCUACUGGCGCGUUGUCGAGGCGUGUGCACUAGCCCAGGAUGUCAAGCUGUUCCCGGCACAGGAUUUGUCAGAGAUCGGACCGCGUGGCAUCAACUUGUCUGGCGGACAGAAGGUGCGGCUAGCAUUGGCCCGUGCUAUUUACUCCCGCGCAGACAUUUAUGUUUUGGACGACUUGCUGGCGGCGGUUGAUGCACAUGUUGAGCGGUAUCUAAUCGAAAACGUGCUUGUUGGCAGUGGAAUGAUCAGUGAUAAGACACGUAUCCUGGUCACACAUGCCGAACAUGUCGCCCCACUGGCGGACAAAGUCAUUACUCUGACGAACGGUGUAGCAGAUAUCGUGGAGCAGCAUCCUGUGGCGUUUACUCAGAGCCCAUCAGAGUUGUCGCCAGAGGAUGAUGAGGAUUCGUCCAAGGACGGUGAUAAAGGAUCUGGCCAAUUCACCUUUGACCCGGAAAUUGGUGUCUCGCAGUUUCAGUGGUCGUACAUGUGGCGAUAUCUGAGGAUGAGCGGAUUGCAUAUCGUUGGGAUAACAUUUGCGAUCCAAGCAGCUGGUGCCUAUGCGACGUUCUAUGUUGACAGCUUGCGCUUGGAUUUGGUCAUGGACAACAACAGGGAGAGCAUGGUCCAGUCGCUGCAAAAGUACCUGUUCAUGAACGCCUUGGUCAACAUGCUCCGGGUUCAAAUCGACAUGCUGGUCGAUUGGAUUCGAGCUGUACUGUGGUCUGCGCGUCUAUGCAAGCACACUCAUAAUGAGGUGCUUGACAUGCUGCUAUUUAUGCCACUGUCGCAGUUUGAGAGCCUCCCUAGUGGGAGAAUUUCUUGUCUCUUCAACUGGGAUUGCUACAGGAUCUACUUCUCGCUUCCAUGCCAGAUCUGUCAGCAGGUACUAGGAGCCUUCUACGCCUUGAAUGCGAUUAUACAUGGUAUUCAGCGGAUGCCUGUAUUACUUGUCUUUGUGUUUCCUACCGUAACAGCAAUAUUCUUAGGGACUCGAGUCGCCACAAAAGCACGGAAAAGGGUGGAUGCUGCAGAAUGCUCGAGCUUUAAAUUCUCCCAUGCAAGCACAUUUAGCCUGGUUGUUGAUGGCCAGAUGCUAAUGCGCGUCCACAGCGUCCUUGGUGCUUACCUGCAGAAAUCCAUUUGCCAGAUUUCCACCUACAGUAUCGCCACAUUCCAUAGUAACACUCUGCACCAAAUGGCACUCGCUCUGCAUGUCUUGGUUGCUGUCCUGGUAGAAUCCACGUUGCUGUUCUACCAGGUAUGGAGGAUAUCUACUUUGAGAUUACCAUCAGCACCUGGUGAGGUUGAAAUGGUAAUGCGGCUUGCAGAGAUAAUGAUAUCUGGUGUAGAGAAGAUAUCAAAUAUUGGCUACUCGCUUGGGACUGUGCUACCUUCGCUUUCGAAAUACUUUGUCUACACUGGACUUCCGCGCGAGGCACCCAGCACCAUCGAAGGGCUGCAGCGGCUGCAGAGCUGGCCAACGAAUGGAACUGUCGAGUUCAGAAACUACAGCAUGAGCAUUUCGUUUUCGGUUGGCUGUAACGAGAAAGUCGGUAUUUCGUCGCUGACACACGCACUGCUGCGCCUAAUCGAGCCAGCAGGUGGCUCUAUCUUCAUCGAUGGAGAUCUUCGUUCCAAGAUCAGCAUCAUCCCGCAGGACCCGGCUCUGUUUGUGGGCACUAUUCGAGAAAACUUGGAUCCACUGAGCGAAUUCACCGACGAUGAGGGCCAUAUCGAAGAUCUUGUUGAUAGACCGGCACAGGCGCAUGAUGUUAAUGACGACAGCAGUGGACCGUGGUGGGUCGAGGAUGGCGGCAAGAACUUUAGCGUCGGCCAGCGCCAGUUGCGCAAGAUCUUAGUUCUCGAUGAGGCAACGGCGAAUCAGGACUGCACGAUUCUGACUAUUGCACAUCGGCUCAGAACCGUCAUGGACAGCGACCGGAUCCUGGUCAUGGAUCAGGGCAGAGUCGCCGAGUUUGACACUCCAGCUAACCUCCUUGUUGAGAGCAUCGAGUUUAACGAGUCGUGGUAGUUCCUCAAUAAAUCGGCUGGAUAUACGAACCAAAUACACUGGUAUAUAAAUCUCGCGAAAAUGAGAAUCCCUGCAGCAGACAACAUAGUUUAUUGAUUGGUGAUGGCGUUUAAACAGUUUGAA